GCCCACGUUUAAAUAUCGGCUCCGAGAGAACGCGGUCAAAGAUGACAUCACUUGACUGGCAGGCCGGUGGAGGGCAGGACACCGAAGACUCCAUCUGAGAUCUGGCAGCGCUGUCCUCCGAGGGGUAGCACGCGUGGAAAAACCUCACCAGUAAAGUCCGCAAGCUCGCGCCGACCGCACCUGUCCGCCGAGAAUUCGUGGGGUUUUUUGCGGUUACCCUCGGUAGUUCUCGCCUGUGAGACGCUCAUCUCGAACGCCGCGCGGGAGGACACCUCGUCGCCAGCUUCUUUUUUUUUUUUCUCCCCUCCUCUCUUUCCCCCCCCCUUCCUCCUCCGCCAUGUCGUACAGGAAGGAAAUGGAGAAGUACCGGGACGUGGACGAGGACGAGCUGCUGAAGAAGCUCUCCGAGGAGGAGCUGCGCAUGCUGGAGGACGAGCUGGAGGAGCUGGACCCCGACAACGCGCUGCUACCAGCAGGAAUGCGGCAGAAGGACCAGACCAAGAAGGCCCCGACCGGAACCUUCCAGAGAGACAACCUGCUGGCUCACCUGGAGAAACAGGCCCAGGAGCACCCAGACAAGGAGGACCUGGUGCCCUACACUGGGGAGAAGAGAGGGAAGGCCUGGGUGCCUAAGAAGGUGGUGGUGGACCCCAUCCUGGAGUCGGUGACGCUGGAGCCGGAACUGGAGGAGGCCCUGGCCAACGCCUCCGACGCUGAGCUCUGUGACAUCGCUGCCAUCCUGGGGAUGCACACCCUGAUGAGUAACCAGCAGUACUAUGAGGCCUUGGCCAGCAGCACCAUCGUCAACAAGCAAGGCUUAAACAGUGUGAUCCAGUGCACUCAGUACAAACCCGUCCCCGACGAGGAGCCCAACUCCACCGAUGUUCAGGACACCCUGGAGAAGAUCCGCAGCAACGACCCGGACCUGGUGGAGGUCAACCUCAACAACAUCAGGAACAUUCCUGUGCCCACGCUGAAGGCCUACGCUGAGGCUCUGAAGGAGAACACGGUGGUGGAGCGGCUGAGCAUUGUGGGAACGCGGAGUAACGACCCGGUGGCCUACGCCCUAGCAGAAAUGCUGAAAGUGAACGCCACCCUCAAGUCUCUGAACGUGGAGUCCAACUUCAUCACCGGGGCUGGAAUCCUGUCGCUGGUGGGGGCUCUGCAGUCCAACACCACCCUUCAAGAGCUCAAGAUAGACAACCAGAGCCAGCCGCUGGGGAAUAAGGUGGAGAUGGAGAUCGCCAACAUGCUGGAGAAGAACACCACGCUGCUGAAGUUCGGAUACCACUUCACCCAGCAGGGCCCCCGACUCCGUGGGUCCAACGCCAUGAUGAGCAACAACGACCUGGCUCGUGUGACUCGCUCAGACUCAGAUGGCGCCUUCACCCUCACCCUGUCCGUCCCAGAGCUGGAGAAGGCUUUCCGUAAAAAAUUCAAAACCAAGUCCAAGUCUAAUGCGAAAGAGAAGGCUUGAGGGGGGGCCCAUCUUCCCCAAAUGUCGGACGAGUGUGUAGCCACCCCUGUGUGGGAGGAGCCUGCUGGGGCCAGCCCCGCCCCCCUGCCCUGCCCCACCCCGUCCCCCCUCCUCUCCCUCCACCCCCCUUGCCCCAUUCCCCGGGGGUGGGGCCUGUCAGUCAGCACAGGGGGCGGGGUUUCGCCUGUCCCGCACGAGCUGUCCCGCAGAGCUCUCCUGUGUGUGUGUACCCUGACAUGUGUUUAUUUUUAUAUGGGUUAGUUAUUACAGAUCAUCUGUUCAUUCUGAGACCGGCCCUGCUCUCAAUGUGCAGCGCUCUGGCGCUCGAGUGUGGUCCCUCCAGGGCUGUGUAGUGCAUAAGGGGGGGUGCAUGGGGGGGGGGGGGGGUAGUGUGCCAGUCACCGCGGGUUAAAUGCCAUAACGGUAGCCGUGUGUCCAGACAUACGGCCUGUGAUGUCUUAACUCUGCUGUGAUGUAGGUGUAUGUGGGUGUGCCCAGAACAGUAAAUACGAACAAGUUAACAUUAAAGAAAAAGCACUGUAGUCUGCUUUGGCCAUGCGGAGUGGAACUUGUAAAACUGGGUGCUGCAGAUGGAGAUGUGUUUUCGGAAACCCCUGCAUUUGCAUGUUAGGGUGUUUUUGGAAGGAACUGCAUGCCAGUGCUGUGGCUGUGGCCUUGUUUAGGGGCCUACUCAAUUCAGAGCCACUCAUAAGAGUAGCUGUGCAGCUGAACAAACUAACAGACAGACUAAUAUCUGCUCUCUAUCACUCAGUGAGUCCACUGACAUUAUCAGUUGUUUGUGACAGAACUUAUAUUUCACUUUCUGGAUGUGGAUAUUGUUUCAGUUUUUGUGCAUGUUCCUGAUUGGCCCAGAGGGUUCUUGCGCAUGUUCCUGAUUGGCCCAAGCGGUUUUUGCACAUGUUCCUGAUUGGCCCAGCCUGUUUUUGUGCAUGUUCCUGAUUGGCCCAGACGGUUUUUGUGCGCGAUGGUGGUGCUCGCGCUCAUUUGGGAAGCCCCAUUGGGUUCCCUGAGCUCUGGUUGCAUGGGCGUACAAAAUGGUUCCAUCCAAAAUAAAUAAAUGAUGGUUAAAUAAAAAUUAAGCCUUAUUUUUAGAAGAGCAUUUGGAUAAUAUUACACACACACACACACACACACCCACCCUCUGGAGGCAUAGUGACAUUGUACAGGCUCCUUUGGAAUGCUUUAAAUCUGUUUUUUUUGCUUGAGGCCAAAAGCCCUGGAAUGCCCUAAUACGCUGGAAACCUCUGUAGGCCCGAUAUCUGAAAUAUCCUCCAUCACGCACAGAAUCUGACUGGUGUCGCCCGAAAACGUGCACUAAGGCUGAACUAACAGGCUCCCAGGGAGUGAAUUCUCCACCCCGCUGUUUUAAAGCAACAGUUACUUUUCGAGCUUGUCACUAAUCUCUGUGGGUUAUGGUGGAGGAUGUGGCAUAUCUUAAAAUCUGACACAGUGGACAAGGACAGCAGUGCAGCAGUGUUUGGCACUCACUGUGUUCCUUUAUAAUCAAAUUUAAAGGUCCGUAUUCACUCCCAAUCGCUCAGACACAACAAUAGCGAAUAGAAAACGGUUUGAAUAUGUUGUGACAGUUUGCUAACUUCCGCCAUUUUGAGUGCUCGUCUGGUUUCUGUGGAGACGAAGUCGAGGACCACACAGGUGCCAGACAGGUGGAGUUAUAUUUUUGUGUUUUUGACCGCAGUUCCUCUUGCUCUGGGCAAACCUCCAUCUGCAUGUGUAGCCAAGAAUUUUAAUCUUGCAGAAAAACCUGUCAGCUGCUGCAGCAGCAUAUCCUGAGUUCUGUUUGAGGAGCGAUAUGGAGUGCUCGUAUACUUCUGUGUAAUAUUCUGUUGGUGUACCGCAAUUAUGAAAUGGCUGACCCACUAUUUGAUUUUUGCUUCAGUUUUUUAAAAAUAUUUGCAGCAAUAACAAUAUAGCCUCCAAUUUAUGUGGGAGUAGGUCCCUACACACAUCCAGUUUUAUUCAGUCUAUCCCAACACGCCUGUACUUUAAUUCAGAUGUAUGCUCUAAUGAGUUAGACUGGCUCUCUGAGAGUAUGUGUUCAUUCGGCAUUCAUUAAUGGGCAGAGCUGGAACACUACCUCUGCUUACCAGGGCAAACACAAAAAAUAUGAAAAAAAAUGUUGAAAAAUUGUUGAACAUCCAUACAAAAAUGAAUUAUAUACCAUACCGCAUCCUCACACACUCAGAAUAUAUUUUAAAUUAUUUUUCGGUUAGACUUGUUUUCUGGACCCGUGUCAGUUCAGUUCACCUGUGCUCAGUGAAUACCUGCCCCCACAGUGGUGUCACACUGAUCUAUGUGUCUAUUUGGAUCUGAAAACGACAGGUUAGCGUGUGUUACAGUAAAUGACCUGUGUAAUGCGUGCCUUAGUGGUACCAGCCCUGCUUUACAGUGGUGUUCCCACAGUGUGCCUGAGAAGGUUGCAGGAACUUGAUCGUUUUGCUUCAGCGUUGCGUAAAUGCUGGAAUGGUAUCUGUCGGCUUUAGCAGUCCUGGUUCUCAGUCCCUGUUGGAGAGCACAUUGCCUUGAGCCUGUAUUCUGGUGUUCAUUAGUGGCCUGAGGACCUGGGGAAACGUGUGGGAGAACGGGACUGUAGUGCAGCCGCUGAACAUGAAUUAAAACAGUGUUACCCCCCCCACUGCAGCCCAGCUAGGUACAUUAGUUCAUGUAUAUUUUGUUUAGUGCACAUUAUUUAUUGCUUCUUGAUAAAAACCAAGUUUGAAACUA